AUGGGGCCGCCGCCCGCCGGGGUCGCCUCCGCCAGGGGCUGCGGGGUGGCCCGCUGGCUCGCGUGGUGCUUCCUGCUGGCUCUGAGUCCGCGCCCCGGCUCCCGCGGAGCCGAGGCGGUGUGGACCGCGUACCUGAACGUGUCCUGGCGGGCGCCGCACACCGGAGUGAACCGCACCGUGUGGGAACUGAGCGAGGAGGGCGUGUACGGCCAGGAUUCGCCUUUGGAGCCGGUGGCCGGGGUCCUCGUCCCUCCGGACGGGCCCGGUGCGCUGAACGCCUGUAACCCGCACACCAAUUUCACAGUCCCGGGCAGCUCCGUGCAGGUCUCCUGGCUGGCCCUCAUCCAGCGCGGCGGGGGCUGCACCUUCGCAGACAAGAUCCAUCUGGCUUACGAGAGAGGGGCGUCGGGAGCCGUCAUCUUUAACUUCCCGGGGACCCGCAAUGAGGUCAUCCCCAUGUCUCACCCGGGUGCUGGAGACAUUGUUGCAAUCAUGAUUGGCAAUCUGAAAGGCACAAAAAUUCUACAGUCUAUUCAAAAUGGCAUUCAAGUAACAAUGGUCAUCGAAGUAGGGAAGAAACAUGGCCCUUGGGUGAAUCACUAUUCAAUUUUCUUCGUUUCUGUGUCCUUCUUUAUUAUUACGGCAGCAACUGUGGGCUAUUUUAUCUUUUAUUCUGCUCGGAGAUUGCGGAAUGCAAGAGCUCAAAGCAGGAAGCAGAGACAAUUAAAGGCAGAUGCUAAAAAAGCUAUUGGAAGGCUUCAACUACGUACACUGAAACAAGGAGACAAGUUCUUCAUUAGCCAUAUUUUCCAUAAGACAUGUGUUGACCCAUGGCUGCUAGAACACAGGACUUGCCCUAUGUGCAAAUGUGACAUACUUAAAGCUUUGGGAAUUGAGGUGGAUGUUGAAGAUGGGUCAGUGUCUUUACAAGCCCCUGCGUCCAAUGAAACAUCCAAUAGUGCCUCUCCUCAUGAAGAGGAUAGUCGCAGUGAGACUGCAUCGUCUGGAUAUGCUUCAGUUCAGGGAGCUGAUGAACCACCUUUGGAGGAACACGUGCAGUCAGCAAAUGAAAAUCUACAGCUGGUAAACCAUGAAGCAAGUUCUGUAGCAGUGGAUGUUGUUCCUCAUGUUGAUAACCCAACCUUUGAAGAAGAUGAAACUCCUAAUCAAGAGACCGCUGUCAGAGAAAUUAAAUCAUAAAUCUGUGUCAAUAGAAAACUUAAAUAUUUAGUAAUAACAGAAUGCCAAUCAGGGCCUAGUUUACUAUUAAUGAACUGGAUAAACUUAAUAAAAUAAGAAUGACACUGAAAGUGCUGAGAUGACUAAUAUUAUGCUAUAGUUAAAUGGCUUAAAAUAUUUAACCUAUUAACUUUUUUCCACAAACUCAUUAUGAUGUUUUUCAUAGGCAAGUUUCCUCUCAGUAGUGAUAGCAACAUUUUUAAACAUUCAAAAUUGUCUUCAAGUAGUCAUAUUUUUCAUUUAUAAGAAUUUUCUUAUAAAAACAUGUUGCUUUUCAAACGUGGAGUAACUGUAAUCACUUUAUUUUAUGAUAAUAUCUUAAUUAAAAAUACUACUACUUUAGCUUGGGCUAUAUGUGUCAGGGUUUUUCUCCAGGUGCUUAUAUUGAUCUGGAAAUGUAAUGUACAAAGCAAUGCAAACUUAGACUAGUAUUUCAUGAAAUGUCUAUUUAAAUGUCUACAUUAAGUUGAUAGAACAAGAUUAAAGCAAAAUAUUAAUUUUAACUCUUCUUUUAAAGUUAGGCUAAAUGUACUUCAUGUAAGUGUUGAGCAUAUUUUAUCAGAGAAUCUGGACUGGACUGGAUUGAUUGGUAUGUUAGUGACACCAAUUUGGCACAAGAUUAUAGACAAAAAAUUUUCUUAUGAAAAUGCUAUGUAAUACUUCUCAAACUUGUAGGAUUUUCAAAAGCAGAGUAUGUAAAUUACCAUACUAUUUGAAAAUGAUAAGUUACACAAAAACUCAUAAUUGACCUUUGUGUAUGAAUGAAUCUACAGAAAUGAAUCUGUAGAAAAUGCUUUCCAAACAAUUUUGAAAAUUGAGUUUACAUUUUACCUAAAUGGGCUAAAAUUACACUAGAUAAGUUAAAAUGCUGUCCAUGUAGCUAUAAAUUUCGUGAAUGCAUUUUCUUGGUGUUCAAAAAAGAAUCAGGGGGUGGGGAGAAUUCCAGGUGCCUUAAUAUAAAGUUUGAAGCUUCAUUCACCAAAGUUAAAUAGAGCUACUUAAAAAAAAAAGCACUUUAUUUGUAUUCUAUGUGGCUUAUCUUUGGUUUUAGAAUUAUGUUUCCAGUGCAAAUUCCAGCAGAAUUUAGGCAAAAGCAGAAUAGACAUAUUUUGUUUGCUGAGUGUAGAAUGGAUGAAACCAUUGCAUUCUUGUACAAUGAUUUGAAAUGCUGUAAAUAUGUUCCAAUUUGUAUUGAUUCUCUUUAAAUAUAAAAUGUAAAUAAAAUAUUCCAGUAAAAUGUUGUGUCUGGUGUUUAGCUAUCUUGUACUAACUUUUCACAUAUGCUUGGAUUUGGGAUGAAAAAUGGUUGGAUGUAAAUGGUCCUUGAUAUCUUUGAUCAAUAAAAACAAACUUCA